AUGGCCAUAGAAGGAACUCGCAGACGAGUGCUCUACACUCUCAACUCCAGGUGGAUCUACGGCAAAGUGCCGCUGCUCCACGCAGCCAUUUUCCUGUUACAGAUGGCCGCCGUCUCUCUCUUGACGAGGAAGUUUAAUUCCUACUAUGCCUCGAGACCAGUCUUGACUACGAUGAUCACCAACGCUGUAAGGCAGACCCUUUCUUCCCAAACAACCGCGUUAUUUGCCAGUCGCCGUCACCGCCCACAAAGCAGUCCCCCGAUUUAUAUGUGCACACAGCAUGCGCGCCGUCACUCACCGCUCUCUUUCGAUCGACCAACUACAACAUACACAGUAGCGCAGUCCUUGACUGCCAUCAAGCAGCGCGCUGCCCACAAAGGCGACAAGGACGACCUGCUUGCGAUCGAGAUCCAUGAAAUUGCCAAGAAGAACCCUUGGCCGCCGGGCGACCUCAUUCCCGACUCGAAGAAGCUCCCUCCGCCUUUCGAUUUCGAGCGUCUCACACGAUUCAUGUCGUACGGUUUCUUGAUGGCGCCUGUUCAGCACAAGUGGUUUGGAUUUUUGAAUAGCACCUUUCCCAUCUCAAAGGGAGCUGCUAUGGUUCCUGCGCUUAAGCGAGUUGCCUUUGAUCAACUUCUUUUCGCCCCUGUUGGUCUGGCGUGCUUCUUCACAUUCAUGACCGUUGCCGAGGGUGGUGGGAAACGUGCUGUACAAAAGAAGUUCCAGGACAUCUAUGUCCCGGCUUUGAAAGCCAACUUUUUGGUUUGGCCAGCUGUGCAGAUGAUCAACUUCCGAAUCAUGCCUAUCCAGCUCCAGAUUCCCUUUGUCUCUACCAUCGGUAUCGCCUGGACCGCCUACCUCUCCCUCACCAACUCCGCCGAAGAGGCUUGA